CAAAGUCCACGGUCGGUUCAGUCUGCAGCGCUGUCACUGCAAACAAGAAGCCAUUAUACUGAGCCACCACCACACACACACACACACACACACACGCAGGCAGAUUCACACACCCUGGUUCAGACCGCAACAGACGGAUCACCCGUUAAAAUGUUGCGGAGAUCUCUGCGCAGCGUCGGGCUGCGACUGAGCCGUCCGCAGCAUGAAGGAGGCCGGGGAGCGACGGCGAGCCGCGGGGACGUUCACCGCCGAGACGCGUCCUCCACCGGCUCCACCACCUCCACCUCCACGGUGAUGGGGGACAGCGUCAGGCAGAAAACUAUAGACGAUUUGGGCGGGCCGAGUUUUCUCACCACGUUAAACUGGCUCUUUGUGAAGGGAUAUUUCCAAACGUCGCAACAACUGCAAAUAGAGCACAGUAAGAUCUACGGCCCUCUGUGGAAAUCAAAGUACGGCCCUCUCGUCGUGGUGAACGUGGCCAGCGCCGAGCUGAUAGAGCAGGUCCUGAGGCAGGAGGGGAGACACCCGGUCCGGAGUGACAUGCCCCACUGGAGGGGCUACAGAGAGCUCAGGAACCAGGCACAUGGACCCCUGACUGAAAUGGGGGCCAAGUGGCAGCGCAUCCGCAGCAUCCUGAACCCUCGGAUGUUGAAGCCCAAACACGUCUCGUCGUACUCCAACUCCAUCAACGAGGUGGUGACAGACUUCAUCCAGAGACUGGCCUGGCUGAGGGAGACCAAAGGGGGGGGAGUGGUGGUCCACGAUCUGGCUGGAGAGCUCUACAAGUUUGCCUUUGAAGGGAUCUGCGUGGUGCUGUUUGAGACCCGUAUGGGCUGCAUGAAUGAGGUGAUGCCCGAGGACACCCAGAAGUUCAUCUCCUCCGUGGGCGAAAUGUUUAAGCUCUCCGUUGUCGUCGUCCUCUUCCCCCAGUCCGUCUGGCCCUACCUGCCCUUCUGGAAACAGUUUGUGGCAGCCUGGGAUCAUCUCUUCAAAGUCGCUGAAGAGUUGGUGCAGAAGAAGAUGGAGGACCUCGAGGAAAAGGCGCAGCUGGAACAGAGUGUGGAGGGAGCGUACCUGACACACCUGCUGCUCAGUGACCAGAUGACGGUCACUGAGAUCCUGGGCAGCAUCACCGAGCUACUGCUGGCAGGAGUGGACACGACGUCCAACACCAUCUCGUGGUCUCUGUACCUGUUGGCCAAACAUCCAGAGUUCCAGGAACAGCUGUACCAGGAAGUGAUAAGUGUCUGUCCCGGAGACAAGGUGCCAAACAGUGAUGACACUGCUCACAUGCCCUAUCUGAAGGCCAUCAUCAAGGAGACGUUACGGCUGUAUCCAGUGGUACCAGGAAACGCCCGUGUCACUGUUGAAGAUGAAAUCGUGGUGGGAGGUUAUCUCUUUCCCAAACAGACGCUGUUCCACCUGUGCCACUACUGUGUGUCCUAUGAUGAGAAUAUUUUCCCCGACCCUCACACCUUCAUGCCACAGCGCUGGCUCCGAGGAGCCGACGAGAAGUACAAACUGCACCCGUUCGGGUCGGUGCCAUUCGGUUUUGGGGUCCGGGCGUGUCUGGGCCGACGGGUGGCUGAGCUGGAGAUGUAUCUGCUCCUGUCCAGGCUGAUAAAACAGUAUGAGGUGAGGCCGGAUCCUGCUGGAACCACAGUGACGCCCAUCACCAGGACUCUGCUCUGCCCAGCGAAGCCAAUCAACCUGCAGUUUGUGGACAGAGGGGUGGAGCAGUCGCCGAGAGCGGCCGCGGGAGCCUCUCUGUGAGCUGUGUUAGUAUUCACACCGUGUCUCCAGCAUGUCACCGAGCACCGGCUGGAAUGCACUUGAACUGUGGCAGAAAAUAGAAGCUAAUAGAGAAUGUGGAAGGCUGAAUGGUGAAGUGUAUACCACUGUAACAGCCACAAAGAGUUCUACUCUUGAGGAUUUAUUUAGUUUCUGUUCUGUCCAAACCUGACCACAGUAAGGCUGACCGGAUCUCCUCUGUGUGUUGGUGUGUUUUUUCUUUAGUUUUCCCAGCAACUGAGUACAUACAUAUGACUCCUACAGAACAAAGUUGUAUUCAUAUAUUUUUCUUAAUGUGAACAAACGCCCUGAAAAGACCAAUCCAACAAUGUGCCAGUCUGUCCCUGCUGUGUGUGUGGCGUGCAGCCGCAUCGCCUCCUCCUCAAACGGGUCCAAUAAAUAUAGUUUGAUGUUCUCUGAAGGGUCAGGAAUGCCCUGAAACAGUUUGACUGUAGUUUUUACAAACCAUUACUGAAACAGAAUGGAAUAGUGCGUCUUUUGGAGACAUUAGGUGCACUUGUGAUUUUGUGGGAAAAUGAUCUACAGCGUGUGUGUUCAUGGUAAUGAAAGAUGAUGUCACUCAGCCGAACAGUGUUGCUCAUUAAUGUGUUUUUAAGACUAGAGUGAUAAGCAUACACAAGUAACACUUACUAGUAGGAUCUAUUCACUGUUGGAAUUCUACUUAUGGAGAUGAUUUAAAUAUAAAAAUGAUUGAAUGUUGCGAUUCCAUGUUUUUAUUCUUUCAGGCAGAUGUUAACUGCCAUAUUUGACUAGUAGUGACUUGUACAUAAACACAUGUAUGUUUAGGUUGUAGCAGUGUAUAUGAUUGUGAUUUUGUCUCCAGUUAUAUGUACGGCCAAAUGAUUUCAUGUAAUGUCUCUGUGUGUUGAAAAGACCCACAACAUGAAGUUUCUAAUCUUCUCUGGAGCCCUCUGGAGAGAUUUAAGUUUCUAUCUAACAGUGCCAGUAUCAUCCUGGGUUUGGUCUUUACUGUGUCAUUCUCCUCUGUCUCUUGAUUUAGUCUAAUAAAGACAUAAAUACAAAAUGUG